AAGAGAAAGCGAAACAACUAAACCAGCGAUCUCACAGCCUUCGCUCUGUAGAUUUCGUUUCGUUUCGUUUUUUCGUUCUCUCUCUCUUUCGCUCUCUUAAUUUUCUCUCUCUCUCUCUCGUUCGUUCACACAGAGAAAAGGCUGCUUCUUCUUCUCAUUCUUCUUCUUCUUCUGUUAGGGUUUGUGGCUCAUUGCAUUUCAUGCGUGCUCGGUGAUUGAGAUCCAGUUAUUGUGAGCUUAUGCUAUGGCACCAACUGUACCAAUAGACUUUGCUGGGCAAAAGGAAUCCAGGUUGUACGCUCACUCACAGACAAUGGGCAAGUCUAGGAAAUACUCCAAAGGCUUUUCUACUGGAUUUGUUCCGGAUUUCCGACAUGCGGUGGAGACUAUGGGUGAAUCAGAGGGGUUGGGUAGCUCCGGACGGGUUGAUACGGAACUGACAGCGCCAAAGAGGAAAUGCAUUGGAUUGAAUGCUGAUGGUUAUGGUGAUUUUGAUGUGCCAUUCCAGCAUUUCAAAUUGUCAAAGAUGUCAGAUUUCGAGAGGAAGGACUUGAAACAGAGGUUAGCACGGGAGCUCGAACGUGUAAGGGAACUUCAGAAGAAAGUUGAUGGUAUGAAGCCGAAUGUUGUUGCAUUAACUUCCCCCGGCGAUAUUAGGGGCUGCAGUGCGGGACAGAAAAGACCUCACCCGGAGAGCAAGUAUAGACCACAAGAAGCAUCGGUGCCCCAGGGUAAGAAAAGGCCCUUACCAGGACAUAACGGUCCAAAGACCAAAAAAAGUAUGUCUGGGCAGUUUGAGCAUGCAAAACCUGCUGAUUCUUCAUUAGCUGCAUUGAUGAAACCUUGCGAGACAUUACUUAACCGGUUGAUGUCUCAUCAGUUUAGUUGGGUUUUUAACACACCAGUUGAUGCUGUUAAAUUGAACAUUCCGGAUUAUUUCAAUGUCAUCAAACAUCCCAUGGAUUUGGGUACAGUGAAGAAUAGAAUAACGUCUGGUAAAUAUUCAAGUCCUAUGGAGUUUGCUGCAGAUGUACGGCUAACUUUUUCAAACGCAAUGACUUAUAAUCCACCUGGGAAUGAUGUACACCUCAUGGCAGAGACUCUUAGUAAGAUGUUUGAAACGAAAUGGAAGCCGAUAGAGAAGAAACUUCCUGCCAUGAACAGUGCUCGUUCUGAGCCAUCAAAGUCAACUGCUUAUAUAGAAACUGGAAAUUUUAACCAAAUUCCUCCCAUGAAAAAGAAUAAAAUUACCCCGAAAGAAACUAAAGUGAAACCAGAGCCUGUUAAAAGAACCAUGACUGAUGAGGAGAAGCAUAAAUUGAGUAUGGAGUUGGAGGCAAUGCUUGGAGAGUUGCCUGAAACCAUUGUUGACUUCUUGAAAGAGCAAAGUUAUGGUUCAGGUCAGGCCAAUGAUGAUGAGAUUGAGAUUGACAUUGAUGCCCUAAGUGAUGAUACCUUAUUCAAAUUGCGGAAGCUUCUUGAUGAUUAUGUGCUGGAGAAGCAAAAAUCCGUGGCCAAAGCGAGACAGAGUGAAAUGGAGCUUGUGAAUGAAUCUGGGUUUAGCAACUCGUCAAUGCAACCACCUAAAGGUAAUGAUCAAGUUGAGGAGGAUGUGGACAUUGUUGGUGUGAAUGAUCCUCCUGUAUCAAAUUAUCCUCCAGUAGAGAUUGAGAAAGAUGGUGCCAACAGAAACACUAAAUGCAGCAGUUCAAGUAGCUCCAGUAGUGAAUCUGGCUCUUCUUCCAGUGAUUCAGACUCAGCUAGUUCCUCGGCUAGUGAGUUAGACACUGCCAAAUCCCCAGAACCUCCUAGUGCCAAGGAAAAUGUAGGGCCUGUCUUUAUUUCCAAUCAAAACAGACAGGAUCCUGGUAAUUCUGAGUCCGAAAAGGAUUCAAUUAAUGUGGAUGGCCAAGCCGAAAAGGAUUCGCAGACCAAACUAGUGACUACUGAGCCAGAAAGCCUUCAAGAGGGGGAGAGUGCUCCACCUCAGAGGCAAGUCUCUCCCGACAAGCUCUACCGGGCAGCUUUACUAAGGAGCCGGUUUGCUGACACUAUUCUUAAAGCUCGAGAGAAGGCUCUUGAAAAGGCCGAAAAGCAGGAUCCAGAAAAACUUAGGAUGGAGAGAGAAGAACUUGAAAGGAGGCAGAAGGAAGAGAAAGCACGGUUGCAGGCAGAGGCAAAGGCUGCAGAAGAGGCUCGGAGGAAAGCUGAAGCAAUAGCUGCAGCUGAAGCUAAGAAGAAGAGGGAACAGGAGAGAGAAGCAGCUCGGUUGGCAUUGCAAAAGAUGGAGAAAACUGUUGACAUCAACGAGGGCAGUCAAUUUUUGGAAGAUCUGGAGAUGCUGAGUGCUGUACAAGGUGAACAGUUCCCAAGCUACAUAGAAGAGGCGAGCCCAGAUCCUCUACAAAGUAGAUUGGGUAGUUUCAAGCUACAGGGAAAUCCUUUAGAACAGCUAGGAUUGUAUAUGAAGGACGAUGAUGAGGAUUUGGACGAAGAACUGCCUCAGGGUGCUGCAGGACAACCAAAAGAUGAAGAGACGGCUAGUGCUGCUCCUGGUGAACAGUUACCAAUUUUCAAAGACGAGACAAAUCCAGAUCAUCCUGAAGGUGGAUUGGAUAGUUCCAAACAGGAGGGUAAUCCCUUAGAGCAGUUGGGAUUAUACGUGAAGGAUGAUGAUGAAGAUUUGGAGGAACAACCACCUCAACGUGCUGCUGGGAAAUCAAAUGAUGUUGAAGAAGGAGAAAUUGACUGAUCUGUCCCUUUGUUUUCCUUCUCGCUCAUGCAAGAAUUUGGUGGUCGUGAGGAACAGUUGUAGGGUUACAGGGUGCUCGUUUUUCCAGCACCCCUGUAAGAUAGAAGAUGAGCUGUCUCCUUGAGAAGUUUGAAGAUGGUAUAGUAAAAGUUUAUGGCUGGACUGCCUGGACAUUGGAUUUGGUUUGGGCUCUCUUCAAUAUUAGUAUUAGUUUGGGAAACAGUUUAAAAAUGUGGUAUACCAAGCUAGACCGCAUUUAUUGUAGGGGUUUGAUGUGUAGAUGGGAAGUGUGCCAAUUUUGCUUGCAAGAAGUAACUCCUUUGCAACGAUAUGCAUCACCUUGACUAGUUAGCCUCAGUUGCAAAGUAAAAUGUUAGAACAGAGGUUAAAAUCGAUUCUUUCUAUUUAUUUCAAUCUUUAAAGUUGCUUGUGGUGC